CCAGGGCAGGCAAGCGGCACCUUGUCCUUAGCCCAGCGCUCCCAGUUCAGUACCAUCAUGCAGCCGCUGUUUGAGAGCUACAGCGCAGCCGUAAGCACCAGCAGCACCGAGGACUUCUGCCAGUCCGUGCUAGGCUGGCUGGAGCGGCACUGCGCCCUGCCUGUGCUGCGCCCUGCCAUCUCCAGCUCCCUGCUGCAGCUCAGCAAGGUCACGUCCAUCCUGACGCAGCCCACCCGGCUCCCUGAGCAGGCACUGCAGGCAGUGUCCCGCCUGCCCCACAGCGACAGCUGAGCCCCCCAUGGCGCUGACAAGGACAGCCAAGCCGCCCUACAGCAGGCCAGGCUCCCCACACUGCCUGUGGUGGACACAGGGUCCCUCUUGGGCAAGGGCGCCCCAAGGAGGGGACGAGGGAUCCCCGCCUGCCCUAUGGUGAGGAGCGCAGUGGGGCAGAGUGAUCCCUGGCUGCCCCAGAGCAAAGAGCUCUGUGAGGCAAAGGGAUCCCUGCCUGCCUCUGUGGGGCAGAGGGAUGGGGGCAGCAUGUGGGGUGGCACAGAGCCAUGGGUGGUCCUGGGGCUGGCAUUAAACCCUCUGUCUGGACAACCUGCCUGGCUCUCUCCUUGGGGGUAGGAGGGGACCAUACCCACCCCUUGGUGCCCCACAGCAGGGCUCUGCCCCUUUCCUGUCUUGCCU